CUGUCUCUCCGAGAGGCUCCAGUUUUGGCGAAAAUGGGGAGUUACCGGAUGUGCGUGUGCUUCACUCGCAAGUUCAGGAUCACAGAAGCCGAGCCACCUUCCGACGUCUCGGAAUACUUCGCCAAGUACGCCGAGGGGGGGACCCACAUGACCGCCGAGCAGCUGAGGAGCUUCCUGGAGGAAGUACAGGGCUACGGCGGCGCGUCGAUUUCGGACGCCGAGCGGAUCGUGGAGCAGGUGCUGCAGAAGAGGCACCACCACAUUGCCAAGUUGAUAACGAGACGCAAGCUCACUCUUGAAGACUUCCACCAUUACUUGUUUUCCGCGGAUCUCAACCCUCCCAUCGAAAACCAGGUUCAUCAGGAUAUGACAGCUCCUUUGUCUCAUUACUACAUAUAUACCGGACACAAUUCAUAUUUGACUGGAAAUCAACUCAGUAGUGAUUGCAGUCAUGUUCCAAUCAUCCAGGCACUGAAGAGAGGUGUGAGAGUGAUAGAGCUUGAUCUGUGGCCUAAUUCGGCAAAGGAUGAUGUGAAUGUUCUUCAUGGAAGGACCUUGACAACCCCAGUCGAACUUGUUAAAUGCUUGAAGUCAAUUAAAGAGCAUGCUUUUACGGAUUCUCCAUACCCUGUUGUCAUAACUCUUGAAGACCACCUUACCACCGAUCUCCAAGCUAAAGUAGCCAAGCUGCUCAUGAAGACAUUCAAGGAUGUGUUGUUCAUUCCAGAUUCUGAAUGUUUCAAAAAAUUACCUUCACCAGAAGAACUGAAGUAUAAAAUUAUCAUAUCUACCAAACCUCCUAAGGAGUAUCUUGAGGAUAAAAGUGUCAACGACAAGGCUGAGAACUUACACAAACGAAAAGAUAGCGAUGAAGAUGAAUGGGGAAAUGAGCCUUCAGAGCUUAAAGAAGAACACGAAGAUGUUGAUAUGAGUGAAAGUGAAGCAAGUGAACAAAGUCAGGAUUAUGAAGAUAACAAUAAAUCAAGUCGUGAAGAAGAACCUGCAUUGUACAAACGUCUAAUUGCAAUCCAUGCUGGGAAACCAAAAGGUGGAUUAAAGGAGGCACUUAAAGUUGAAGUUGAUAAAGUUAGACGCCUUAGUUUGAGCGAACAAGCACUUGAAAAAGCUGCCGAAUCUCAUGGAACUGAUGUUGUUAGGUUCACUCAGAAGAACAUUUUAAGGGUGUAUCCAAAAGGAACACGGUUCAACUCCUCCAACUAUAAGCCACUUAUUGGUUGGAUGCAUGGUGCCCAGAUGGUUGCAUUUAAUAUGCAGGGAUAUGGUAAAUCUCUUUGGCUGAUGCAUGGAAUGUUUAGAGCAAAUGGAGGCUGUGGUUAUGUGAAAAAACCUGAUUUUGUUAUGAACGAUAAACAGAUAUUCGAUCCUAAAGAAAAAUUGCCAGUAAAGAAGACUUUAAAGGUGAAAGUAUACUUGGGAGAUGGUUGGCAUUUGGAUUUCAAACAUACGCACUUUGAUUUAUAUUCACCACCAGAUUUUUACACCAGGGUUGGCAUAGCAGGAGUUCCAGCUGAUGAGGUAAUGAAGAAAACUAAGAAAAAAGAGGACGAUUGGACUCCUGUUUGGGGAGAAGAGUUUACAUUUCCGCUCAGAGUCCCCGAGUUGGCUCUGCUUAGAAUCGAGGUACAUGAAUAUGACAUGUCCGAGAAAGAUGACUUUGGUGGCCAAACUUGUCUGCCAAUCUCUGAAUUGAGACAAGGAAUUCGUGCAGUCCCGCUCUUCAACCGAAAAGGAGAAAAGUACAACUCAGUGAGGCUUCUCAUGCGAUUUGAAUUCACAUGAGGAAUAUGCACAAAGCUCUUGGUCUUUUGAUGAAGUUUCAUUCAUAUUCAUUUUCCCUCUGGUGCUGCUGCCAUUUUUCAUUUAUUUAGCACCUUAAUUAUAAGAGACUUACUCACCUUGCACUUGAGUGAGAACAGCAGUUGUAUAUUUAGAUACUUACAUUUACAAAUUACAAUGCUUCUCUGGUCUUCCCAUUUUCUAUAAGAUGUUUUAUGGGAUACACUUGACUUUGGUUA